UUGGCCGGGGGCGGUGCUUGGAGGUUCCUGCGAUGCUGCUGGCGCCUAGUGUGAGGUUCCGCGCCUCUGCUGUUCGCCCCGUGGACCCUAGAGCCGGGCUGCGCACCGCCGUCCUAUCCGCACGCCCCUUCCCGCACCGACCUGCCUGCUCUAGGAUCUUGGAUAUGGAUCUUCUUCAGUUCUUCUUUGUCCUGCUGUUGUCUGGGACGGGAGUCACAGACACCCUGAAGACCUCCCUGGACCCGAGCCUGCAGAUCUACAAGAAGAUGUUUGAGGUGAAACGGCGAGAACAGCUGCUGGCCCUGAAAAACCUGGCACACCUAAACGAUGUCCACCAGCAGUACAAGAUUCUUGAUGUCAUGCUCAGGGGGCUCUUUAAGGUGCUGGAGGACUCGCGGACAGUGCUCAUUGCUGCAGAUGUGCUCCCAGAUGGGCCCUUCCCCCAGGACGAGAAACUGAAGGAUGCUUUCUCCCAAGUAGUGGAGAACACGGCCUUCUUCGGUGAUGUGGUGCUGCGCUUCCCGAGGAUUGUGCACCACUACUUUGACCACAAUUCCAACUGGAACCUCCUCAUCCGCUGGGGCAUCAGCUUCUGCAACCAGUCGGGCGUGUUUGACCAGGGGCCCCACUCGCCCAUCCUUGGCCUGAUGGCCCAGGAGCUGGGGAUCAGCGAGAAAGACUCUGACUUCCAGAACCCAUUUAAAGUAGACCGCCCAGAGUUCAUUUCCAGCACCGACCCUUUCCAGAAGGCCCUGAGGGAGGAGGAGAAACGCAGGAAGAAAGAGGAGAAGCGGAAAGAGAUCCGAAAGGGCCCACGGAUCUCGAGAUCCCAGUCGGAGUUAUAGCUGGGAACAGCCCAGGGCUCAAGGGGCCAGGAGGAGACAAGUCUGGAGGAAGAGGCGGAGGCAUCGACUGGUGGUGAGAGCUGGCCCCUGUGAAAGGGGAAGUGGCCUCAGCCCCCUGGAGCCGGCUCUGCGCCGAAACAGAAGUGACUGGGCCACAGAGGACUGAAUUUGCUUCCAGGGUCCUCCCUGGAGAGGGCGCCAAGGGCGUCUUCAGAGGAUGCCAUGCUGCAGAUCAAACCAUGUCGAGAUGCUGGGCGAGGCUGGAAGGAUCCCAGGCUGGACUCUCCCUUUGGGUUAGGACUGCUGGCUAGCUGGCUGCUGCCCUUCAUGAGGAGGGAGCAGAAUUGGGCUCUGAGCCACUUGUGGAAGUGCCGUGCCUGCUGCUGGCCCCACUGUGGCACUGAGCUGCCCAGCACAGGUCCCAGCGCCCUGCAAAGACACAGUAAAAGCCAGCAAACCCUCUGGGCUAAUGGAGGCCGGUUUGGGCCCCAGGGAGCUGUGAGCCCUUU